CAGGCGGGGCAGAGAGCGGGUCUCAGAGCGGCGGAGGGAGAAGGACGCCGCUAGAGGAAGAGGAGGGAAAAGGAGCUUCGUUUGGGGGGAGAUCAUGGGGGUCCUCCUCCUCCGCAGGCCCCCUCUGAUCCUGUGGGCGGCUGCCCACCUGCUGCUCCUGGACUGCGCAGGCUCCACUUCUCACUCCAUGCGCUAUUUCUACACAGCCAUGUCUGAGCCUGGCCAGGGGCUGCCCCAGUUCAUUGCUGUGGGGUACGUGGAUGACCAGCAAUUAGUUCAGUAUGACAGUGACACCAAGAAGGCGCUGCCUCGCGUCCCCUGGAUAAGGAAGGUGGAAAAGGAUGAGCCUCAGUACUGGGACAGGGAGACUCAGAAAUUAAAGCACUCUGAGCUGUGGUUCAGGGAGAGGCUGCAGACACAGUUGAAUCGCUACAACCAGAGCGGAGGGUUCCACACCUAUCAGCAGAUGGUUGGGUGUGAGCUGAUGUCAGAUGGGCGCAAAGAAGGGUAUUGGCAGUACAGCUAUGAUGGGAGAGACUUCAUCGCCUUUGACAAGGAGACCCUCACCUGGACGGCAGCUGAGAAGGAGGCCCAAGUGACCAAGAGGAAGUGGGAUCCUGAAUUGGCCUGCAACCAGGGCAAUAAGCACUACCUGGAGGAGACUUGCAUUGAGUGGCUGCAGAAAUACCUGGACUAUGGGAAGGAGUCUCUGCUGAGGACAGCGGCUCCGGUGGUGAAGGUGACCAGGAAGGCAGACUAUGACAGCCUGGAGACCCUUGUUUGCCAAGUCCACGGCUUCUACCCCAAGGAGAUUGAUGCCAACUGGGUGAAGGACGGGGAGGUCUGGCAGGAGGGCACCUCCCGAGGAUUGGUUGCCCCCAACUCAGACGGGACCUACUAUGUCUUGCUCAGUGUCAAGAUCGACCCCGAGGAGAGGGACCGCUUCCGGUGCCGUGUGGAGCAUGACAGCCUGGAGAAGCCUCUGGACGUGGCCUGGGAGAAGCCAGUCAGCCUGGGGCUCAUUGUGGGAGCCAUUGUGGGUGUCCUGGCUGCCAUCUUGCUGGUCUCUGGGAUCAUCUUCUUCAUCAUCCGCACAAGAGGCCAGGGGUCCGACAGCUCCGCCAGGGCUUCAGACCAGCCUGGUGCGUGAGAUGAGACCAGAAGGAGCCUGACCAAGUUUGGCUGAGUUCCAGAGAUCAACAUCUCCUGAGAAUAUUCACAGACUCUGGCAGGGAGGUGCCAAUAAUUUGUCUCCCAUGCAAAGUGACUGAAGAUCAAGAGUCCAAAGCGAGAGACAGAACCUUGAAAACAGGCCUCCAUGGGGAAAGGAAUUUUUUAAAAAUAAAAUAAAAAAAAAUUAUUUGCAUUUUCAAAAACAGGAACAGAGAAAAUAUUUAACCCCGCGUCUCCUUCCCUCCUCUUCCCCUGCCCCACUUUCAACUUCAUACCAAAUACAACAUGUAUACACAUACCAUGAGACUUUCCUUCCCCACUUUUCCUGGUUCCUUUGCUUUUCUACUAAUUGUGUAAUCCGCAUCUUUUUAAUCAUCCAAUUUGUUAUCUAUUAAAUACUCUUAUCUAUUUCAACUGCUGGAUUUAUACGAGACCUGAUCUAUGUCUUUCUCUGUACUGGUUCUUGAAAUAUUCAAUAAAUAUUACCCAUUCCUCCUUAUUUUCCUUAUAUUUGUUUUCUCUUAUCCUGUUUGUCAGAUCAGCCAGUUCAGUACAUUCGAACAUUUUACACUGCCAUUAUUCCUGAGUGGGGACUAUCCUUGUUCUCCACCUUUGUGCCAAUAAGGUUCUAACUGCGGCAGUGGCGUAUAGUAAUACAAUCUCUUGUUUUUGGGGACCUCUGUUGUUAACAUCCCCAAAAGUAAAAUCUCAGGUGUUUUUGGGAAAGUUUUUUUAGGUAUCUUAAAAUUCAUUUUAUAUAGUUUCCCAAUAUUCCUUAAUUAUUUUACACGACCACCACACGUGAAUAAAAGAUCCCUCAAUUUCAUUACACUUCCAACACAUACCUUUUUCUUUAGACAUUUUCACCAAUCUGGUGGGUGUUAAAUACCGCCUGUGGGCCAUUUUCAUCAUAUAUAUUUUUAUCGCAUAACUUGCCAUAAAUUUCAUUUUAGUAUAUGUGCUGCCGAAGAAGAAGACAGGAUCUGCCCAUGUGAUGCCCACUUGAUUGAAACUCUGGCUCACAUGGUUCUUGAAUGCAAAAUGUACAAUGAUAUCCGCCAGCAAUACUUGGACCAACUAUGUAUUCUAAAUUGGAAACCGGAGAUAGAGGUUAUACGCUUCCUAUUACAGGAGAGAUCAGGAGGGUACCAGAACUGUAGCUGAGUUCCUCUAUUUGAUCUUCUGCCACCGAAGUACAUUACAGGAUCCUGCCCCUGUUGGAGACCCACUGAGGUGAAACAGAUUGCUGGCCUCCCCACUUUGGCGAGUGUUUGUACUGAUGGGUUGAUGACGGGAUCGCACUGGACUGUUGGUUUGUUUUAAAUGUUUG